AUGCAUUUCAUUCUGUUAAUUAUCACAUUCUGUCCACAUCUAUCUAUCUAUCUAUCUAUCUAUCUAUCUAUCUAUCUAUCUAUCUAUCUAUCUAUCUCUGUUAAUGUCUAUCUAUCUAUCUAUCUAUCUAUCUAUUUCUUAGAAGUAUCUAGCCCGUGUGUCUGGAGUGUCAGCAUCCAAAAGCCUAAAAACCAAAUUCUUUUACCCGAGAUGUUGCAGAGUAAUAGAGACAUAAAAUUUGAAUUCCCGAAAUCCGUAUCGAUUUCUGUUAAUAUCUGUCUAUCUAUCUAUCUAUCUAUCUAUCUAUCUAUCUAUCUAUCUAUCUAUCUAUCUAUCUAUCUAUCUAUUUCUGUCAAUGUCUAUCUAUCUAUCUAUCUAUCUAUCUAUCUAUCUAUCUAUCUAUCUAUUUCUGUCAAUGUCUAUCUAUCUAUCUAUCUAUCUAUCUAUUUAUUUCUGUUAAUGUCUGUCUAUCUAUUUUUUAAUAACUAUCUAUCUAUCUAUGUAUCUAUUUCUGUUAAUGUCUAUCUAUCUAUUUCUGUUAAUAUCUGUCUAUCUCUCUAUCUAUCUAUCUAUUUCUUAAUAUCUAUCUAUCUAUCUAUCUAUCUAUCUAUCUAUCUAUCUAUCUAUCUAUUUCUCUAUCUAUUUCUGUUAAUGUCUAUCUAUCUAUCUAUCUAUCUAUCUAUCUAUCUAUCUAUUUCUGUUAAUGUCUGUCUAUCUAUCUAUCUAUUUUUAAUAACUAUCUAUCAAUCUAUCUAUCUAUCUAUUUCUGUUAAUAUCUCUCUCUCUCUCUCUCUCUAUCUAUCUAUCUAUCUAUCUAUCUAUCUAUCUAUCUAUCUAUCUAUUUCUGUUAAUGUCUAUCUAUCUAUCUAUUUUUUAAUAUCUAUCUAUCUAUCUAUCUAUCUAUCUAUCUAUCUAUCUAUCUAUCUAUCUAUCUAUCUAUUACUGUUAAUGUCUGUCUAUCUAUCUAACUAUCUAUCUAUCUAUUUCUGUUAA